CCAGAUCAGAAAGAAAAUAGUAAUAAAAAAGAAAGCUGGAAAAUGAAGGUAGUUGAAAAGGAAAGUCCAUCUGCCUCAGCCGCAGAACGUGAACGAAGCUCUUAAACUAUUUUUUUUUUCCUUUCCUCUGGAAAGAGCGGCAAAAUCACCGCUAGAAACCCUAGAUUUUCGUAUUUCUUAAACUGCUGUUCCUUGUAAUUCCGGCAUCGAAUGGAUGUCGAUUUGAAUCUUUGAACGGUGUUUUUCUUUUGGGAGAACGAUUAAUAAACUGAAUAAGCAAUUAUCAUAUUCUUAACUUUCUGUUCAGAGCUCAGCGAAUUCUUUUAGCAGUUUGUAUUCACUCAUGAAGAAGUUUCAUCGUCAUUGGCAGAGGAUUGUAAUCCUCUCUUUUCUCUCUUUCUCUGUAUUCGCUCAAAUCGUGUUGGUUUCGCAGAGACUUAACCCCCUCGCUUUUAUUGGGCGGAAGGAUUCUGUGGAGGAUUUAGCCAGUAUUAAGUAUAUGAAAGAUGAUUUAAGACUUAACGCAAUAGAACAGGAAGCCGCCGAAGGUUUAAAAGGUCCAAAAGUAGUUGUUUUCAAAGAGAUGGAUUUCAGUUCUGAAUUUAAUCACGGUUCUAACCAGAAUCCUGAUUUCGAUCAAUUGGGGGAUCCGCAAGAUACAUCAAAAUUUUUAGAAGCAAAUGGAACUAAUGGUAAAGGAAAAGACGAUCAUCAAAAUCAGCAGAAUAUAAUACGGCUAAACUCCAGGGAAAAGGAACAAUACAAUCAAGAAACAGGUAGCCAUGAUCAACAUUUACGGUCUCUAUCACACAAGGUAAUGGAUGAGAAGGUAAAGCAGAUGAGAGAUCAGCUCAUUAGAGCAAAAGUAUACUUAAAUUUUGCACCACCUGGUCGUAAUACUCACUUGGUGAGAGAGUUGCGAACACGAAUCAAAGAUGUUGAGCGAACAGUCGGCGAAGCCAGCAUGGAUUCAGAAUUGCCAAGGAGGGCUUCACAGAAGAUGAGAUCUAUGGAGGUUUUGUUGGCCAAAGCAAGUCAAGUAUUCCCUGACUGCUCUGCGAUGGUCAGAAAACUUCGUGCCAUGGCUUACAAUGCUGAAGACCAGAUUCGGGCACGGAAGAAUGAAGAGUCAUAUCUUGUUCAACUUGCUGGAAGGACUACCCCUAAGGGCCUUCACUGCCUCUCUAUGCAGCUGACAGCAGAAUAUUUUUCCCUUCAACCCGAGGAAAGGGAGUUCCCUAACCAAAAAAAAUUGAAUGGUCCGGACCUUUAUCACUAUGCAGUAUUUUCUAACAAUAUUCUGGCUUGUGCAGUGGUUAUUAAUUCCACAAUUUCAUCUGCAAAGGAGCCAGAGAAAAUUAGUUUUCAUGUGGUGACCGAUUACCUCAACCUCCCAGCAAUUUCAAUGUGGUUUUUAUUAAAUCCUCCUGGCAAAGCUACAAUUCAUAUUCAGAGUGUAGAAAGUUUUGAUUGGUUGUCAACCAAAUAUAAUUCAACAUUGAAGGAACAAAAGUCGUAUGAUCCAAGAUAUAGUUCAGCCCUCAAUCAUCUGCGGUUCUAUCUGCCAGACAUAUUUCCAGCACUGAAUAAGAUUGUGCUCUUAGAUCAUGAUGUGGUAGUGCAAAGAGAUUUAACUGGAAUUUGGAGUGUUGACAUGAAGGGGAAAGUAAAUGCAGCUGUGGAGACUUGUCUGGAAAGUGAAGCUUCAUUUCGUACAAUGCGCAUGUUUUUGAACUUUUCGGACCCGUUUUUGGCAAAGAAGUUUAAUGCAAAUGCUUGCACAUGGGCAUUUGGUAUGAAUUUGUUUGAUCUCCAACAAUGGAGAAGAAAAAAAUUAACCAUGCUCUACAGAAAUUACCUGCAACUGGGACUUACGAGGCCAUUGUGGAAGGCAGGAAGCUUGCCCUUAGGUUGGAUUACUUUCUACAACCAGACUGUGGCUUUAGAAAGGAGAUGGCAUGCGCUAGGGCUUGGCUAUCACUCAGGUCUUCGGCGGGCUGAUAUCGAGCGGGCAGCAGUUAUACACUAUGAUGGAGUCAUGAAACCCUGGUUGGAAAUAGGAAUUGCUAAAUAUAAAGGCUAUUGGAGCAAACAUAUGCAGUAUGACCACCCUUACUUGCAGCGGUGCAAUAUCCAUGAAUAAUUGAUACGAUCACGGCAUACACGUGGAAUAAUUUGAUUCAUUGAUGUAAAUUUUUAACCCAGUUUUUACCCCUCAGAAUAGUUCAGGCGUGUAACAUUUCAGGGGUUUAGUCUUAUUUGUGGCAAUGACCAAAGGUAAUAAGUUUCUGUAGGGAUGCUGCAUUGCAGGUAUACCUUUGUACAUAAUUGUUAUGAUCACAAUUCCCCUAGGUUCCAUCACGGAUUCUUGAAAUGAAAGAGGAAGCAAAUAAAUUAUUAUUAUUAUUAUGGAGA